GUUGUGUGAUUUUUGUUGGGGUGCUGUUAACCGCAGAGUUAUCUGAAUGCCUGGAAUGUUUCAACUGUCAAAACAUAGGUGACCCACAUGCGUGUACUAACACAAGUCAAUGCUCAAAUGGCCAGUAAAAUUAGAUUGGUGGAGAGACAAAUGUAUUCAUGUGUGUUGUCUAAAUAAGCUGAAGAUUGCGUGUAUAUGAAUUGUGAUCAGUGAUUAUACUGUUCUGGAUGCCAGAUUGUUUUAUUUCACCAAUCCUGCUUUUUGCAAACUGUCCACGAUAGCAACAAUGAACGGUACAACAUGGGGUGCCAAAACAAUCAGUUGUGCAGCUCAUCUGGUGUAGACACUGGUGCAAUCAUCGGUCGUUCCAUCCAGAGAAGACAGCAUUACGCCUGCCACGAGUGUUGCAGCACGAGCAGCUGCAAUGACCAAUUAUGUGCUCACAGAAAGCCAUCGGCGUGCGUUGACGAUCCCACACUGGACUGUGCUCGGCUGAACUCCCUUUUUAACGUAUGUGCUGACGUGCAUCAUGUUAAAACGACUUGCCCAAAGUUCUGUGGAUUGUGCCAGCUCGUGGAUGGCAAUUGGGCAGAAUGGGGGACCUGGGCUUCAUGUAGUGUCAGCUGUGAAAACGGAACUCAGACACGAGCACGCAGCUGUACAAACCCGUCCCCAAGUAAUGGCGGACUCAACUGCAGUGGACCAGCUGUUCAAACUAAAUUAUGCUCUAACCAGCUCUGUCCAGUGCACGGCAACUGGUCGGAAUGGUCCGCGUGGUUAGGUUGCUCUGUCACAUGUGACGUGGGUCUAAGGGAGAGGACAAGAACGUGCACCAAUCCUAAACCAGACCGGUCUGGAGACUAUUGUGUCGGAAAUCCAAGUCAAUAUACAGUUUGUCUUACAGACCCUUGUUAUACCAGAAAUGGUGGCUGGUCCAGCUGGGGUUCUUAUCAGGGCUGUUCAGUCACAUGUGGAGUGGGUCUGAAGCUUCGGAACCGAACCUGUACCAACCCAAGUCCCUCUGCCUACGGGAAGGCCUGUGACGGAAACACGGAGGCGUUUGCUGUGUGUGUAAACAGACCAUGUACAACUGUGGCAUUCAUCGCGCAUGGGGUCAACACUAUUGCGAAUAAUGUUGGUGCGUUUCCAACAAUCGUUCUCAACGAAGGAAAUGCAUACAGUUCAAGCACUGGACAUUUUACAGCUCCAGUGGACGGCAUUUACUCAUUUGCUGCACAGAUCUGCACUUACGCAAAUAAAUAUGCAAACUAUUCUAUUAUGAAAGGGGACGCUUCUAUGAACAACACAACUCGUAUUAUGACAAGUUAUCGGAAUGGACCAGGUACAAGUUGCGGCUCCGCAUCAACACACGUAGAGCUGAGCAAAAAUGAGCACGUAUGGGUGCAUAUGAUCGUACAGUCCGAUUCAACAACCUUGUAUGAAGAUUCUAAUAUCUGGACCUUUUUUACGGGGGCGCUUACUCAAGAAAUUUAGAUGAUACAAUAACUAAGAGUUUUACCUUAUGUAAAUUGCACUUGAAAAAAAACGCGUCUGAAUCAUUUAUUAUACUUAAAAAGUCUACGUGUAAUGCUGUGUAGACUAAAUUUUCAGUUUGGGACACUCACUUAGUGGAUUUAAAUAUAAUAGAAGCCACUUUCGACAAGUAAAUGGCCAACGCUUGCGUGAAGCUCGUUGCAUACAUUUAAUUUGUAUUAUAUUGAAUAUAGAAUUGAAUGAAAUUGUCACUUAAAUUUCUUAUACGCUGAUUUUUCUUUUUACUUUACUUUAUUUACAUUAAAGAAGGGCAAUUAAACGUUCGUGGACAACAUGAAUGUUUCGCUUUAUUGUAUACUCAGUUGAAUAAAGUGCUGAGCACAACUUUAUAA